UCAUUUGCAUCAAGGCCCUGGCCCCCAUGAAUCAUGGCAUGGUCAAAGCAAUUAGGGCUGGCAGUCUCGAGCUAGGCCCCUCGUACUGAUUUCAAUCCAUCCAAGGCCGUCAGAACUACUCCCGCCAUCCUGUCAGAAGCGGGAAGCCUGGCAAGAGGCCAAAGGCAAACUUUUGGAUCCUUUAUCCACCUCCUUCUUGUUCCCAUUGAACGAUCUCCAGAGCGAGGGGAGUCCUCACUAUCGUUAUUGGUCCAAGCAUCUUCCCUGCAGCACUGCAUACACUUUUGCUGCAUCUCUUCUCUCAUCACCCGGAACCUUACCAUCUACUUCUUCACAACUGCACUCCGUGCAGUUCGUUACUUUGACCUGCUGGUUCUUGUUCUCCUUCACCUUCUCCGCUUCAGCCGGAAUUCUUUUCUUCAACCCCGACAUUCUCAUUCUCGUCCUUCUUUGACUCCCCGUUCUCCCUGUUGAAAAAGGCUUUGCGAUCCUCUAACUCUGCGGUCAUAUUCCAAAUUCUCUUCUCUUCUGACAGGCGUAUCCUUGAUCAUCACGGCGACAAUCCGCAAAUAGUGUCAAAGACCGUUUUCCACCGAUACCGGCAGAUUUGGCUUCAAUUCUUCGCACUCCCGAACGUCUCGAACGUCCCGUCAGUGCCUUGUCAGGUUUCUAGCCAGCAACCCUCGGCACCUCGACAUCCUUCUGAGUUGAUCCUUCUACUGAGAGUCGAUGCAUCAGACACCAAGUAUAUCACCUCAUUCUUAACCCUGUCGCGGGGCUGCUCACUCUCCGUUGAGCGGUCUACUACACCUCGAAGAGGAGACUCGAUGUUCCCUGUCCUUGUUGCGGCACGCCAUCUUUCUUCAUGAAGACUCUUCUCAAUGAUACUGGUUUACCUCUCUGGGUAUACAUCGUCAUAAUCGCCGUUGGUUCGACGCUUCUGUUGGUCACCCUUGCCGUUGCGUUACGAUGUUGGUUUCUCCGCCGAAGGGCCAAACAACAGAGAGAGGUGGACAACCUCACCGGGCCCCUUCGUCGCGUCACCUUGAGACGGGGGCGUAUGGUUCCAACUUCACAGCACCUGUCCUUGACAGGCUCAAAGUUCGGCAUGAGGCAAUUCGGGAUGCUGGCAGACAAUGAAUCGGCCAUGACGGGCAGAAAAAGUCCUUUCGAGUGGUGGGCCACUAUCAUGGACAGAUCACAGUCCCGACAGGAUCAGAUGUCUCAGGUGGAGACGGCUUCGAUAAUUACUCGACCUACGUCCAGAGCCACCACCAUCACAGCUAGAAGGGACCUUUACAAUUCCACCCCUGUCCAGACCCCGGAAAAGUCCAAAGAUGUGACUACGACGAGAACGUGGGAAAUAACGAUUCCUUCGCCAACGCCAUCGCCGUCACCGUUGGGACCGAACAGGCACACCAACUUUUCCAGAUCGUUCAGCAACCGUGCUCCUUGCUCACCAGUCACACAAAGAUCUCAGGCAACUCUUUCCCGAAUAUCGGAACGGUCGCCUCACCAAUCUAUGAUCAGCGCAAUAAACGGUCCGUCAGUAUCCCCACAAACGUGCUCGUCUUACCAUUCGGCCAUAAAUGCUCUUGAUAGCUCCCCUCUACCGGGACAAUCACCACAGCUCAGCCCUGUCCCUCCACAGGAGCCGAUGUCACUUGCCGUCCCAGCUCCAGACGCUCGAUCUCUGCGGGCAUCUCUCACCUCACAGCAUGACCAACCCACUUCGCUCAGCCUGAUGCCUCCGUCCAGCAGGCAACAGCGACAGAGCCCCUCCCCAACGACGGCAUCUCGUCCUCCCGAACUGAAGCCGCCGCAAUAUUCAAUGCCACCCUCAGCGUACCGCUCGAGCUUUAACAAUGUCCACACCCCAAUUUCUAGUUCCUUUUACCGUCAGGCGAACCAGUCUCAGUUCAAUCUCUCCCAUCCUGGCCAAGAUAGCAACACGAGUUCCCCAGCAACGUCGACUACACAACUGUCUCGGGUAUCUGUCUCCAGCAUUGGCCCUAGUGGAAUCAUCUACGACACGCAAGUUCCCAGUUCGCACAACCCAACAGAGUAUUGGUCGACAAGGAUGGACGGACAAGACGUCUCUAACGGACGAAGCGGUUCCGCACCUCGGUCGGGCCACUCAUCCCGAAACCCAAGUACAGACCAAACCUUGCGACCGCAGAAUACCUCUUCUGGUCUCCACAGGGAGCAGGAGAGGGAGAACGUGAUGGGAAUCUUGACAGUGCCUGGGAAGAACAACACGAAAGUCCUGAGAAAAAAGUCUUUGAAGAGAGUGCAAGUCGUUAGCUCAGUUGCACCGUAAAUUGGCGCUGGCAUUCGGACAUGGAUUCGAUGGUUAUGGGCGGUAAUAUGUGAUUAUUUUGCGACACUUUUCUUUCGAAGCGGCGACGAUCCUUUUCUGACGACACAGUAUGACCCAACCAACCCUUUGAGGAUAUUGCAGUUUCUCAGGGGAACUAUUUUCCACCAAAACACAUACGGCCGAGAUGACCUCCUUUUUUGCCUUGACUUAUACCCGGCUUACGAAGUUUGUUUGGUUUUUCAGAUCCCGGGUCUGGAAUCUGGGAUAUCUGAGCUGCCUUUGUUCCAUUUGUUAUAUUGGGGGGGCUCUUGCCCUCCCAGCGAGGUCUCUCGCCCACUCUCAGUAUUUUCCACUUGCAAAAAAAAAAAACAAAAACAAAUCCGCCGCUCAGCAGCAGGCGAGUCUAUUCUACACACCGCGUUACCAAAUGGUCAAGUUUCGAUCCAGAUCAUCCAGGAGGAAACCCUCAUCCACGCGCACCGACCCCGUUGCCUCAGGGAAAGGGAAAGCAGCGACCCACCGGCGUGUGGUGGUAACGAGGUUUCCUAGUGGGACAGCUCAUAACUCUCUCAAGGCUACCACUACCAAAGGAAAGAAUGGCCCAUAGAAGAAGGUACAUAGCAGAAUCACAAAGUAUUGUGCAUGCCGAGA